ACGGUUUAAUGAAGUUUAGUCCGUUGAAAUAAUAUAUUCAUUAAAAUGUAGUGUUGGUGUAUUUUCAAAGUGUUGGUGGUUGUUAAUUCAUAAUGUUAUGUUGAUUUAUCCCCACCCAUCCGAAUCAACGAACACUCCACUCAAGAUAUCAAUAAAGAGUGAAUGUUGCCUCUUCGACAGACUGUAAAUAAUUUUCCACAACUGAUAGGUGAUGUUAAGUAAUUUUUUAAAUGAUAAGGCACAAGGUCUAUAAAUUGAAACAAAUCACUAGCGACCAGUUUACUUGAUCGUCUUCGGUGUAUCAGUGCAGCACUCGAUAAUCGAGACUUAUCAAUAGUCAGUGAUCAUACCGAUACAACACUCGAAUCACUAACAAUCAUUUUUAAGUGUUGUGUAUAUGCGUAUUUGAUAUCCACCGUCGAUUGCACGUAGUAUGGCAAUGUUACUGAGGACUAGAAAAAAUAAAGUGGCCCUAGCGCUUAGGGUGGUAUGCGUACUUACAGUGACUUUUAUUUAUUUAAUUAACGGUCUCCUGCAAAAAGACGAUGGGAGCCAUGCGCAUCAUUAUGGAGAAACCCAAUUUGGUGGCCGACAUUUGCUGGCGAUUACGGAACCAAACGACACAAUCAUAAUUCACCAACGCAAUGGCACCACCAAAACAUCGAACGUAACCCAUUUACCAUUAACAAACUGCACGCCACCCGCCAUCAACGAGUUCCCUUCUGAUGGCUUCACAAGAGCUCAGCGUCAACAAGGAUGGGUCGUCAUACAUGCUCUUAUCGCCUGUUACCUUUUCAUCUUAUUAGCAAUCGUCUGUGAUGAUUAUUUUGUUCCUGCUAUUAAAAACUUCUGCGAUGCUCUUAACAUGUCUGAAGACAUUGCCGGUGCAACGUUUAUGGCAACAGCCAGUUCUAGUCCUGAAUUGUUUAUUAAUUGCGUUGGCACGUUUGUAACGCAAGGAGAUCUUGGAGUUGGUACCAUUGUAGGAUCUGCAGUAUUCAAUAUUUUAGCCGUACCUGCCUGUUGUGGCUUAUUUGGAAACAUGGUUUUGGAUUUGGAGUGGUGGCCAAUAAGUAGAGACAGUUUCAUGUAUGGACUAUCUGUGAUAUUAUUAAUAGUUUUCUUAAGAGAUGGAAAGAUAUUUUUCAAUGAGGCACUUACCUUGGUGGUGGUCUACAUAGGUUAUAUUCUUUUAAUGUAUUUUAACAAAUCUCUCAGAAAAGGAGCGCACAGCUUGGUGGCAAAAUUCCGCAGGCCCAAAUAUUACAAAGAAAUCAUUGAUGAGAAACAUCCUCUGCUGUUUAAGGAUAAAAAUGGAAAUGCGAAGGGAUUCGAGACAGACAUUCUUGAAACUGAAUUAACUCUUCAAGACUGUGAGGACUUGGAGGAAUCAACUAAAAUUUGGGAAUGGCCCAGCGAAGAAUCAACUUCAUCACAGAUUUGGUGGGUGUUGACCUGGCCCAUAUCAUUUAUUUUAUACACCGUCACCCCCGAUUGCCGUAAACAUCCCAGAUUGAGUGCUUUCACUUUUAUAAUAUGUAUUUUCUGGAUCGGCGGCACGUCUUACAUGGUGGCUUGGCUCAUCACUGUUGUGGGCGAUACACUAGAUAUUCCUGAUUCAGUGAUGGGAUUAACAUUCUUGGCAGCUGGUACAAGUGUUCCUGAAGCUGUGUCAAGUGUGAUAGUCACAAAUCAAGGUUUCGGUUCAAUGGGCAUAAGCAGCUCGAUAGGCUCCAACACUUUUGAUAUACUGCUCUGCCUCGGUUUGCCGUGGCUGAUAAAAACCGCCUUCUAUCCCAAAGUCCCCGGACAGCACUGGAUCAAAAUCAACUCAUCGGGAUUAAAUUACAGCGCGCUAUCCUUGCUAUCAACCCUCGUUCUACUGUAUUUGAGUAUCGCACUCAAUAAGUUCAAGUUGGACUGGAAGGUCGGAUUGAUAUGUCUUUUGACGUAUAUUGGUUUCUUAACAUUGGCAUCGCUGAUUGAGCUCAACGUAUUUUUCCCAGUCAAUCUCCCCACAUGCGAUCAUUAAUCUUUAUUUAUUAACAUUUCACAUUUUUAUUGAAUUCGCUACAUCAUGUUAUUAUAAAAUUGUUAUUUUGUAUUAUAUACGACUGAUUUAAUACUGUAGGCUUUAAGGAUAGAUUAUAAGAUGCAAGAUAAACUGUGUUUUAUUUGCUUCGUUGUUAGUAAAGAUCAUCUACUCAAUUUUUAAAUUGAAUUAAUAAAAUAUUGUAGAUUAUGGAA